GAUGGGUCAGUGCUCCAGCUCCCUAUGAAUGAGUAUGCAACGCUGUUACUUACGGAAUACGCAAGAAAUUUGACUGCAUCUUCCAAACAGGCUCUGGUGCAGCUGGCUUCCCUUGCUAAUGAGACUGAAGACACAGGGCCAAGAGUUGUCAGUCUAGCGAGAGGUGCUUUGAAAUAUUUGGACGAUGAAAGCUGUGAUGUCAGAGUAACUGUUUUGAAGGUAUUAUCGGCACCAAAUCUACUCACUCGCCUUGUUCUCUCCACGCAAGAUCCCGACUUCCCCAUUGACUGUCUUGUUCGCAUUUUUAUUGCACGUUUUGACUCAUUUGAAGCUGUAGCUGAUAAUGCGGAGAAGUUGUGGUAUGAUUCCUCGUUCCAUUUGAAGCCUGAGAUGGCUGAACCACUUAUUGAUAAAUGUGUAUCUGGUGUCGCUUUUGUGCGUGAAUCAGCGGCCAAUGCAACAUCGGCUUUCGUUCAAGAAAUCGUUAUCAGCAUGCCUGUUCUUUUAAAUAAGCUCGAUGACGUGUAUACAGAUCUCGCUCAAAUCCGUCCUGCAGUUUACGAUGAAGUUGGAAGAGUGGUCAUGGAAAGCAGAGAUGAAUGGGCCAGACGAAGUGGGGUUGGAUUGGUAUUGGGACGACUAGCUGAGCACGUUCGAGUAGGAGACGCCAUGCGAUUCAUCAAGCUUGUGGCUCCUCAUGGCUUGGCUGACCGUAGUGCAGAGUGUCGAAAUGGGAUGCGUAACGCAGCUGUGGAAGUUAUUCGUAAGCACGGCAAAGACAUAAUGCCUGAGUUGCUUCCAUUCCUAGAAAAUCUUUCCGAUGCUACGCCAAAUGGUGGAGAGCACGACAAUUUACGUCAAGGACUAGUUGUGCUACUUGGAACCUUAGCGCAGUACUUAGAU